CCAUAAGCCUCUCUGGUAUACACACAUUUGGUUUCAGGGUUUUCACUACUGGCGAGAAUUGAAAGACGCUUCCAGAGAGAGAUCAUCAUCUCCGUUAAACCCUAGAGAAAUACGUGUUUACUCAACAUGGCUUUCUUAAGUAAAGUUGGAAGGAUAUUUAGUCAGACCAGCUCUCAUGUCACUGCCUCUAGCUCAAUGCUACAGACCAUCCGUUGCAUGUCUUCGUCGAAAGUCUUUGUUGGAGGUAUCUCCUACAGCACUGAUGAGUUUGGCUUAAGAGAAGCCUUUAGCAAAUAUGGAGAAGUUGUUGAUGCGAAAAUUAUUGUGGACCGUGAAACUGGCAGAUCAAGGGGUUUUGCUUUCGUAACAUUUACUUCAAGCGAGGAGGCUAGUAAUGCCAUGCAAUUGGAUGGACAGGACCUUCAUGGUCGAAGAAUUAGGGUGAAUUACGCAACCGAAAGAGGAAGUGGGUUUGGAGGAAGGGGAUUCGGUGGUCCUGGUGGUGGAUACGGUGCUCCAGAUGCUGGUUACGGAGGCAAUGCCGGUGGUUACGGGGGAGCUUCUGGUGGUUAUGGAGGUAAUGCUGGUGGUUACGGAGGGAACCCUUCUUAUGGUGGAAACGCUGGUGGUUAUGGAGGUAACUCUCCUUAUGGUGGCAAUGCCGUUGGUGGGGGUUAUGGAAGCAAUUUUGGCAGUGGGGGCGGAUAUGGUGUUGCAGGUGGUGUUGGUGGAAGUGACAACUUUACCCAAGGCAGCUCCACUAAUGCUGGCUUUGAUGAAAAGUUUGGCAGCAACCAACCAUUAGGCAACGAUACAGAUCAUCAGCUUGAAAGCGGUUUAGGGGGAGAUGAACAAUUUGGUGGCAGUGACAAUCAAUUUGGUGAUGCAGAGAACGGUAAAACAGAGAAUGGUCCAGAUGGGUUUGAUCAUACUGACGAUGGUGAUGUUGCUAAGAGAGCCUAGUCUUUCUCUACAAUGUUGAGCCUUCCUACGUUUGCAUCACUACUGAAACUUUUGUUUUGUGGGUUCAGUCAUGUUCUGAAACUAAUGGAAGUUUCUUAAUAUCUAUCUACAUUUGACGUUUGUGGUUGUUUUAUCAUGUAGGAAACCUCUAUUGUUGGUUGCGUUUUGUUUUCUUGUUUUCUGACAUUUGAGGCCAAAUAAUAAAAACUGUAAUAACUUAUAUAACAA